UUUACUUCAUAAAAAAAGACAAGACAACGCAAAACAUAAACUCGGGGAGAGAGAGAGAGAGAGAGAUGAAGAUACAGUGCAACGUGUGCGAAGCGGCAGAGGCGACAGUGCUAUGCUGCGCGGACGAGGCGGCUCUGUGUUGGGCGUGUGACAAGAAAGUUCAUGCGGCCAACAAACUCGCCAGCAAGCACCAGAGGGUUCCACUUUCUACUUCUCACAUGCCCCCUAACUGUGACAUCUGCCAGGAGACAGUUGGCUAUUUCUUUUGUCUAGAGGAUCGAGCUUUACUCUGCAGAAAAUGUGAUGUUGCCAUACAUACAGCAAAUAUUUAUGUGUCUGCUCAUCAGAGAUUUUUGCUUACUGGUGUGAAAGUUGGACUUGAACCUACUGAUCCUGUUGCUUCCUCUUCCUCAGUGAAGUUGCAUUCUGGCGAAGAAAACCUGGAAACAAAAUCUCACUCUGUGUCUAGAAGAGAUGCACCAUUGCCAAUGGCUGUUCAAUGCAACAAAGUAUUACCUAUCCCUGUUGGUGGAGUUGGUGACUUUGCAGCACCGAAGGUGCCAUAUUCUGGGGGCUCUGUUGCUGGAAGUAUUCUGCAGUGGCCUAUAGAUGAGUAUCUUGGACUUCCUGAAUUCAAUCAGAGUUAUGGCUACAUGGAUAACGGAUCAUCUAAGGCUGAUAGUAGCAAGCUUGGAGAGACAGAUUCGCCGAUUUUAAGAGGUGCUGAGGAAGAACUGGAUGAUGAUGAGUGCUUGGGCCAGGUACCAGAGGCGUCGUGGACAGUACCACAGAUUACUUCCCCACCUACUGCCUCAGGCCUAUACUGGCCAAAAAAUUAUCAGAACUCAUUGGAUGGUGCAGUUUUUGUUCCUGACAUAUGUCACUUGCAUGUGCAAAACCCCCAGCAUUGUCAACACAAUGGUACUAUUUCAAAACGAUGGAGGCAAAUUUAAUCCCUUGUCCCAAAGUUCCAUAAUUUGGAUGUCUCAGGGUUUUGACAGCACCUAGUUUGGGCAGUGUUCUGAUAGCCUUUUUAAGUAUCUUCUGUCUCCUUCAGGUAUCUUCCCCCUCCAUUAGAGUAUAAUAAGUGGUUUAAACCAUAUGUUUGUGAUUUGAACUGUCACUUUUCACUGUAAGUAGAUCUCUCUGAGGUAUAUUUUGUAUCUGAGGAGGAUUGCUGUGUUAUCGUGAACAUCCAAAUAUAUAACAAAGACAAAUGUGUUUGGUGUAA